CUCUAGAGUGGGUACAUUCGUUCACUCCCUCACUCGUACGUAAUACAAAUAUUGAAAAAAACAAUGUGAAUAGUCCUGAAAAAAACUCCAAGGGCAAGAGAACAUCAACGCUAUUUGUACUAAGCUUUCAAGGCAAAAAUAAAAGCGAAGAAGAUGAGCAUGAUGCACCAUCUUGUGCGUGGUUCACCGCCAUCGCUGGCAAGUGCGUCUCGACGUGGUGGGGUUCGUUUGAUUAGUUUUACCCUUACACCAAUGACGAAGAGCUUCAGUACUUCGUCUUCUUUCGCUCCAGCAGUUGACACGAGAAAUACAACAACAGCACCAGUAGGGGCUACAGCUUCAUCUUCGAGCACAAGUGGGGGUUUUUACGGCUCUUUAAAUAUAGGUACUACAAGAGGAAAAGCACCUUUUUAAUGUGAUUGGUUCCCUAGGUAUAAGUAGCAGUGGGGGAGCAAGAUCCCACUUCAAGCAUGUGAGGAAUCUUGAAACAACAUUUGUUGCCUUUCUUGUGCUGCUCCUUUUUAUUUAAUUCAAUUAAUAUACAUAGGAGCGCUCCUUAUCUAAGGAUUAAUAUAGCAGCCCUAAGUUUAUUUACAAGAGUCCUCUGGUACUAUCGGGAACUUGCCCGAGCCAAGGUCUUAUCGGCGUGUCCCGACCGCAUUACCCAGGAUGGACCCGCCAGAGGAGCUGUAUCGGGAACGAAAUCGGCUGCCGGGUGAUCUAGCGAUUUUUGAGGGCGGACUAAGAAGACAACAACCGUGGGAAAAAGAUGCCAGAUGGCAACAUCACAAGGUGCUACUCUUUGCUACUCUUUUAUUUGGUAGGGUGGAUAGUGGCAACAACAUCUUGACAAGGUAGUUUCUCUCCUGCUACGCGUAAUGGUUUAUGAAGUUCGGCGUGAUGUUCUUGUACUCAACACAUCACUCAAUAAAGAAUCUCUGCGGGAGGAUCAAAUCUAAUAUAGAGAUGAAAAACAAAAACAGACCAUGCAUCAAGGUGCGGAUGCACCGCUCAAGGACAAAGCUUUGAGAAGAGGAUGGAUGCUUAAGGGUGAAGGACAGGCAUCUCCAAAUGAGUCAUCUGGAACAAGAAGUGUCAAUACACAGGUCCCGAAUAUAAAUGGGUACAAGGGACCACUAGGAUCAAGAUAAACCAGUCUCCUCCAAAAAAGCACCCUCCAGAUGACCCAUCUAAGAUGCAGCAUUUUCUACCCCUGCUCCUCUAAGAUGCAGAAUAUUACGGUGAAACACAAGAACGGAAAAGUGACGAAGCGGCCACCUUUCUGGUCACUUAUCAAAGACCCCACAAAAGACCCUGGGCAAGUUGUUGUUGUCCUUCUCAUGUUCGGGAUUACAAGUACUAUGGAUGAUUAGAUGGAGGGUUAGUAUUGGUAGUUGUUUGGUCUGUGUGAUUGGUGUUGUGGUCGUCGUGGAUUGCUUGUUUAUAGUACGGGAGGUACUUCUGCUUCUCAGAACCGCUUAGUUUUCCCUCAUAAGUACUAGACUAGUCCCUCCGAACAAUAUACUUCACAGAACAACCUGAUACAAAACAACGAACUUUGUUCAUCCUUAGUUAGAACAGGAAUAGACUCCACUUUGCAAAUGAAUGCAGUUCACGGGUGCUGUUCGCUUCCAUAUGGCGAACAUUACUGGGUCCGCAGACGAAAGGCACUACGGGAACGAAUUUUAUGAAUUCAAAGAUUGGGUGUCGAUAGUACUUGCUUUCUUUUGACAAUCUCCAGACAUGUUCCUCUUCGUUCUAGAAUAAAGUGGGUUCGUUCUAGUAUAAAGUCGUGCUCGCGUAUCUUCCAACUACCCCUCGUUCUCUAGCGCAUACCACAAUAUUUCUUUCAACAUCAAAUUCCGUAUUUGCUCCAUCUGGUCCAUAAUCUACAGGGAAACAACUUCUAAUCUCUCGUAUAGAAUAUGACCUGCCUGUUGGAUGGGAGGAGGAGUUCGACUUGCAGUCGGACAUCACCGACGACGAUUUGUUUGUCCGCGGAUGGGAAGAAGACAAGACCUUUCGAGUUUUACCUGCUUUCAUAUUACGGCCAUGAGUUUUAGUUUUCUUCGUUUGAUGUUCUGUUUCUGUUCUGUAGCUGUAGUGGCUCUUGAAACAUGUGCAUGUUGCUAGGUCAGAUUUCAUUCCUAUCAACCGCGUAGUCACUCUUAAAGCAGAUACACAUGAAGAAUACAAACCGUAGCUGGAAGACAUCACAGUGCAGCUUUCCCUCGAUAUUAUAUAUAAUUCCUCUCUACAUUGAACUCGAACCGCAACAAUACCAGCAACGAACACCUAGCACCCUCACACCUAGUCUUUAGUACUAGCAGCUCUCCUCUAAUCUUCGGAGAUCCGAUUAUGCAGUUCCGGAAAUGGCUUAUACGAUUCGUCUUUUUCGGGGAGGAGGGAAGGGAUCCAAACAAAGGACCCAAACAAGUCGUGCUGCGAGAAGGAGAAUAUGAUCCGGGACGGUGAAAUUUUUGUAGUCGUGCUACGAGAAGGGGAAUAUGAUACCCGAGUACUAAGACCAACAGUAUUCAUGAACGCACAUGCAGGGCAUGAUGCCGCAACAUUAUAUACGAGGAGGGAAUUCAACAUCAUCAAUAGCACCACAGAAAGGAAUUCAUAGAAACUAAAAUCCCGAGCUUACGCUCGGUUUUUCAUAUGUCGAGUAACAACUUGCUAUCUUGCGUCGCAUGUUGAGUAACACAUACUACUUUGCCUUUCCCGCGAAACGUAGUAAAAGAGCGACGAUUAUUCUUGUUCGCUCGGUUUUUGGAAUCGUCGCUCUUCUACUACGUUUCGGCUACACAGCAGUUUUGGAAUCUAUCGCGAACCCCCAAGUGUUUUGG